AAUAUACUUUACUCAAAAUUAAAUUCGAUAAAUUGAAUUCGUUUUCCUACAAUUCGCCGACUAUUAAUUUCAAGAACAGGAGAGUAGUCAUUAUCCUCUUUCUUUCUCUCAUAAAAUUUCCUCACAAAAUCUCAGGGCAUUACAAAGCAGGAGUGUGCUUUCAACAAUCCAGAUUUCCAGAUUUGAUACGAAGCUCUAUCCUAUUUAAGGUUUUUGAGAUUUGAUGAGAUAAAGUUAUGGCUAAUUCAAAUGCAUCAGCUUUAGUAUUGUCUUCAGAAGCUUCAACACAUGCAAAUAGAGCAGUUGUAAACACAAACUCGUCUCAACCUCCUUCGCAACUUCAUAGUUCUUUGGAUGGUCCAGUUGCAAUUCUUUGGGACAUUGAGAACUGCCCUGUUCCAAGUGAUGUACGCCCUGAAGAUGUUGCCGGUAACAUCAGAAUGGCAUUGCGUGUCCAUCCGAUUAUCAAGGGAGCUGUUACAACAUUUUCUGCAUAUGGGGAUUUUAAUGCUUUUCCUAGACGAUUAAGAGAGGGCUGCCAGCGGACUGGUGUUAAACUAGUAGAUGUACCUAAUGGGAGAAAGGAUGCUGCUGAUAAGGCCAUCUUAAUUGACAUGUUCCUGUUUGCCCUAGACAAUCGCCCGCCAUCUUCAAUUAUGCUCAUAUCAGGAGAUGUUGACUUUGCUCCAGCACUUCACAUUCUUGGCCAACGUGGAUAUACUGUGAUUCUUGUCAUUCCUUCCGGUGUGGGUGUAUCAUCUGCACUGAGUAAUGCAGGUAGGUUUGUAUGGGACUGGCCAAGUGUGGUUCGUGGGGAAGGCUUUGUUCCUCCUAAAACUUUUGGUCCUUUGCGUGGAGGUGCAACAGAUGUUUCAGGGUAUCUAAUGGGAUACCAGAUCAAUGAAAACCCCGAUUGUCAAACUGAGGAAGAAGCUAUUGUGUACAGAGGGAUUUCACAGAGCUAUUAUAACUCGAGGGAUUUCUCAGUGAUGGCACAAUCUUUAUCCGAAUACAAUUCGGCCGCAGUAUCGGGGCCUUAUUUUUCUACAACUUCGAGAUCACACAGUCUUCCAUCCGGUCUGAAUGAAGUUUCAGCAGGACCUGUUGCUUCUAAUGAGCAUAAUGAUCUGAUGUGGGUACAGCCCGGAGAUCUGACUGGAUUGAAGGGUCAGUUAGUGAAGAUGCUUGAAAUGUCUGGCGGCUAUAUGCCCCUUACUCGUGUUCCUGCUGAGUACCACAGAAUGUUUGGGAGACCUCUUUAUGUUUCAGAAUAUGGGUCAUUGAAACUUGUAAAUCUUUUUGGCAAGAUGGCUGACAAGAUAUCAGUAGAAGGAAAAGGGCAGAAGAGAAUGGUUUGCCUGCGUGAAUUUGGUUUAAGAGCUGUAACAAAUGAUAUGCAGUCAGACGUGGCAACGAAUGAUAAAAAAGGGAAGGGGAUUCGGGAAGAGAACAAUGAUGUUAUUGUUGGCAUGGGAUCUUCUGAUGAGUUCUCAGAUGAUGAUAGGAUAGUCAAAGAACAUGAUGAACAGAGGGGCAAAGAUACGGUUGGUUUGGGUAUGACAAAUCAAUGUAGAAUUGCUGAUCAAAACCUUGAGCAGCUCAAGUACGAGCUUCAAGAGAUUCUAGUGAGCUACUCUUGUCGGAUUUUCCUUGGUUGCUUUGAGGCAAUAUAUAAGCAAAGGUACAAGAAACCGCUCGACUAUCGAAGAUUUGGUGUAAAUGAACUCGAGGAGUUGUUUGACAAACUGAGUGAUAUAGUGGUGGUGCAUGAGGAACCAGCAAGCAAGAAAAAAUUUCUGGUUGCACUAAAUAGCUAAAGGAUUUGACUGUUCCAAUCAGUCUGAAGCUUUUCAUUUGAACUCUAUCGGCUGGAGGUAUACUUGUCCAACUUUGCGCUUUUGUUUAGUUGUAGAACUCCAUUUACGUUGGGGAAGGAAUCUGGUGAAACAUAUAGGUAAGGCUAGAAGCUCUGUUUUUAUUUUGCAUCGGAUAGCUUCGUAGCCUGUUGGUUGAUUGUAUCCAUAUAUGAGCUGCGGGUAUAUCGUUGAUAACUAGUGGAUCAAAUGUGUACCAAUGUAAUCCAGCCUUUUUGUGGGUUUACAUUAUAAUAUACUGCAUAGUUUUCUA